AUGAAAGAUGCUGCAGUGGUGUGUAGAGAGCUGCGCUGUGGGGAGCCUGUAGAGCUGAAAUAUGAGACUGAGUUUGGACCAGGAUCAGGACCAAUCUGGAUAUAUGAUUUGUACUGUACAGGAUCAGAGUUGACACUGAACAAUUGUAGGUCAAAAGGAGGACAUAUCUGUGAUCAUGUUAUUGAUGCUGGGGUCAUCUGCUCAGUGUGUGAUGCUGACUUUGACCAGCAGGAUGCAGAGGUUGUGUGUCGAGAGCUGGGCUGUGGGAUUCCUGUGGAGGUGCUGGGAUCAUCUGCUUUUGGCCGAGGGGAGGGUCAGGUGUGGACAGAGGGACCUCAGUGUAGAGGAACCGAACGUCACACAGGGGCGCGGCUGGUGAACGGACCGGACUCCUGUUCUGGUCGAGUGGAGCUCCAGUACCUCAGUGACUGGGGCACAGUUUGUGCUGUAGGCUGGGAUAUGAGAGCUGCAGAUGUUCUCUGUGCACAGCUAGAUUGUGGGAGUGCUGUGGCUGUGGUGGAGGUCGACUGGUUUGGGGAGGGGAGUGGCCACAUCUGGGCUGAUGUGUUUGAUUGUGAGGGGAAUGAGACACACCUAUCACAAUGUGACAUCUCAUCAUGGAGUCGAGCUGCAUGCUCUCAUAAACACGAUGCUGGAGUCGUCUGUAAUGGAUCAUCCGUGGCGUUUCAUGAGGGGCGAGUGCGGUUGUCUGGAGGGAGCGAGUGUCAGGGGGAGGUGGAGAUUUAUUUCAGGCAGGACUGGAGGAGAGUUCUCCUGGACUCGUGGAGUCUGUCUGAGGCGUCUGUGCUCUGCAGACAGCUGGGCUGUGGCUCCGUGCUGAACUACCGCUCCUCUCCAUCCACCACUGAACACAAACACAUGUGUGUAACGGGUUUCAGCUGCUCUGGGAGUGAAGCUCAUCUGGGGAACUGCAGCAGUGCACAACCUGUCAACUGCAGCUCCGGGGAACAGCUGUACAUCACCUGCUCAGACCCCAGGUCCAUCAGGCUGGUUGGUUCUGGGGGAGACUGUGCAGGAAGGCUGGAGGUUUUCCACAGCGGCUCGUGGGGGACAGUGUGUGAUGACUCGUGGGAUAUUGAGGAUGCGCAGGUGGUGUGCAGACAGCUGCAGUGUGGAGUGGUCCUCAGUACCCACAUAUCAGCCUGGUUUGGUCCUGGAACUGGGUCCAUAUGGCUGAAUGAGGUGGAGUGUGAGGGGAACGAGACGUCCCUGUGGAACUGCAGAUUUCAGCUGUGUGAAGAGGGUGAAUGUGGACACCAGGAGGACGUAGGAGUCGUGUGCUCAGAGUUUAAAGAGAUCCGACUCACGGAGGGCUGUGAGGGGAAUCUGGAAGUGUUCUACAAUGGAACCUGGGGUAAUGUGUGUCACAAUCAGAUGGAUGAGGAGACAGUAAACAUGGUGUGUCGAGAGCUGAACUGUGGAAGACGUGGCAGUCUGUCAAACACUGAAGCACGAGUAAAAUCUGCUCCUAACUGGCUGGAUUAUCUGAAGUGUAGGAAACACGACUCUAAUCUGUGGCAGUGUCCAUCUUCACCCUGGGGACAGAACAGACGUGAUAAUGGUGAUGAGGUGGCUCGUAUUACCUGCACAGAUGAUGGAAAGUCUCUACGUACACAAGAAAAGUGCUCUUCAUUUCCCUCUCAGAAACACUGCUCAAAGCACUGGUCUCUCAGGCUGAGUGGAGGAGAGGGAAGCUGCUCUGGGAGGUUGGAGGUGUAUCAUAACGCUACGUGGGGCUCCGUUUGUGAUGAUCAGUGGAACAUCAGGAACGCUCAGGUGGUGUGCAGACAGCUGGGCUGUGGGUCGGCGCUGAGUGCUGAUAGGAAUGUUAGUUCUGGUCCUGGUGAAGGGACUAUCUGGCUGAACAGAGUGAAGUGUCGAGGGGAUGAGAUUCACCUGUGGGACUGUCAUCAUUCCCUGAAGAAACACACUGACUGCUCUCCUGCUGGAGUCACCUGUGCAGGUCAGAGGGGUGUGCUAACUUUUCAGCUUCCUGUCUCCACUCAUUACACUUUUCUCCCAGUGUUAAGACCUGAUAACUUUUAUUUAUAAUCUUAGAUAUUAGUUUGAAAGCUCAGACCCUAAACUGUAAUACACUGAUCAGCAGGUCAUAACCCUUAUUUAGUGAGAGUAUAUUUUAUUAUAUGACAGAAAGUGUUUUUAUAUUCUGUAAAUACAGACGUGUCCACUACUACACCCAUCACCACCACCACCACCACCACCAAAUCAGGUAUGUAUAUUUGUUACAAUACAAUAUUUGUUACUGUUCAUCAUUUUUGUAAAUAUUUAUGAUUACAGUGUCGUAUCAAGAUCCUCUUCUGUGUUUUUAACUUCAGUAAGAGCUCCUCCAAAUCCUCCAGCACCUAAAGCUCCACCCACCCCUCCACUGGUUCUCUUUGUGUUGGGAACGCUGCUCUUCCUGGCCUUAGUGCUUCUGCUGGUCCUGUUUUACCAGAACAGAGUGCUCAGGAGAGGUACGAGACAUACCUGUAAAUACUAAUUACAUUUUAUCCUGCUGUUAAAAUUGUCCUGUAAGAAUUUCAUUAAAAGUUAU